AUGUCUGCGCCAACUUCUGCCACGACGGCCGCGCCUUCACGCACCUUUACAAAUGCAUCCGGCGACGACGAUGCUAUUCCAGGGGAGGACACUUCCGAAGUCACCAAGCUCUUCGCAGAGCGACUGCAGGCGUGGAAGCAUGCGUGCGCCUACCUCGAAGACUAUGUUGUUGCGACGGAGAAAGUCAACCACGCGCACGGCAAAGAAUACGAGAAAGUGCUCAAGACUGUAAAGGAUCCGCUCAAGGAAGGCCACCACUUCGACCAGACGCUGGGUGGCAUUGCGGGCAUGUUCGAGAACAUCAGGUCCAACACGCAGGGCAUCUCCAACCAGCACUUCGAGACGGAGAAACAGCUCAAGAGCGUCAUCGUCCCCAUCUUCGACCGACUCCAUACCGAGAUUAAGAACAAGAGUAAGGAGCUCACCAAGGGUGCGGGCAAAGGCAGCAAGGCCGUCGACAAGUCCCGCGCCCUCACCCAGAAGCACAUUGAGCUCCUCGGCCAGCACACCGCAACCUUCGAGUCGGCAGGCGGAAAGAUGACAGCGGCCGACGACCCCUACAUCCUGCAGCGUGGUGUCAUGCACCGUCUGAACAAGCAGGUGCAGGAGGAGAACAACAACCGCCAGGACCUCAUCAGCGUGCAGAACUCAUUCGCCCAGUUCGAAGCACACAUCAUCCAGACAAUCCAGCACGGCAUGGGCCAAUUCAUGCAAGUCGUCCACGCACAAGCCGAGCACACCAAAGCCGCAUACGGCGACAUGGUCGGCACCACGCAACGCGUCCCUCUAGACUUCGAAUGGAACGGCUUCAUCCAGCGCAACAACAACGUCCUCAUCGACCCCGCCGCCCCCGCCCGCACCCUCUCCAGCAUCACCUUCCCCAACCAAAACCACCGCGCCACCCAGCCCCUCAUCGCCGGCUCCCUCAGCCGCAAGGGCAAAAUCAUGCGCUCCUACGACACAAACUACUACGUCGUCACGCCCUCCAAAUUCCUCCACGAAUUCAAAACAGACGACGACUUUGCGAAAGAUCCAGUCCCGGAGAACUCCUUCUACCUGCCCGACUGCGUCGUCGGCGCCGUCAGCGGCGCGAAAUUCAACGUAAAGGGCAAAGACGUGUCGAAGGGCAAGCUGGGCUCCACCUUCUCCAUGAGCCACGAACUGCAGUUCAAAGCCCACACGCCCGAAGCCGCCGCCCAGUGGGGCGAAAUCAUCCGCCAGGCCGCCGGCCAUGUGACGGCUGAUCUGCCCGACUCCAGCCUGCCCACUAGCCCCGUCUCAGACGACAGGCACCCUGCGCCCCUCCAGACGCAGGGCCUGGCGCACACGGAGACGGGCUUGUCGGAUCGGACGGGGACUGCGCCGUCGAGUGCUGUUGCUCCUGGGAGUGCGGUUGGUGGGAGUGCGGUGCCGGGUGAGCCGGGGAAGUACUAG